AUGGCAAUGGCGAUGGCGCUUCGAAGAAUCUGCUCAUUUUCAUCCUCUUUUAAACCCUUCUCUAAUGUCUCCUCAUUAUGUCGCAUGUCUUCCUUGGCGAAUCAAGCUGUGGGACAAAGGGAGGAAUCCCGUAUUUCUUGGAUAAAACAAUUGAAUGCGCCUCUUCAAGAAAUUGAUCCUGAAAUUGCUGACAUCAUUGAGCUUGAAAAGGCCAGGCAAUGGAAGGGACUGGAACUGAUACCUUCAGAGAACUUUACUUCAACUUCUGUGAUGCAAGCGGUCGGAUCCGUAAUGACUAACAAAUACAGUGAGGGAUAUCCUGGUGCUAGAUACUAUGGAGGAAAUGAGUACAUCGACAUGGCAGAGAGAUUGUGCCAGAAGCGUGCCUUGGAAGCUUUCAAUUUGGAUCCUGCAAAAUGGGGAGUUAAUGUGCAGUCGCUCUCUGGCUCACCUGCAAAUUUUCAAGUUUAUACCGCUUUGCUGAAACCUCAUGAAAGGAUCAUGGCACUUGAUCUUCCCCAUGGUGGACACCUUUCACACGGUUAUCAGACAGAUACAAAAAAGAUAUCUGCAGUCUCCAUUUUCUUUGAGACCAUGCCAUAUAGAUUGGAUGAGAGCACUGGUUAUAUUGACUAUGACCAGCUAGAGAAGAGUGCAACACUAUUUAGGCCAAAGUUGAUUGUUGCUGGUGCGAGUGCUUACGCUCGGCUUUAUGAUUAUGAACGUAUCCGAAAGGUAUGUAACAAGCAAAAGGCUGUCAUGUUAGCCGACAUGGCACACAUUAGUGGGCUGGUUGCUGCUGGUGUCAUCCCAUCUCCAUUUGAAUAUGCAGAUGUUGUCACCACAACUACACACAAGUCACUCCGUGGACCACGUGGAGCUAUGAUCUUCUUCAGGAAGGGGGUCAAAGAGGUCAACAAACAAGGGAAAGAAGUUAUGUAUGACUAUGAAGACAAAAUUAAUCAAGCUGUGUUCCCUGGACUUCAAGGUGGUCCACAUAAUCAUACAAUAACUGCAUUAGCAGUUGCGUUGAAACAGGUUAUGACACCAGAGUACAAGGCAUAUCAAGAACAGGUUCUUAGUAAUUGCUCCAAGUUUGCGGAGACUCUUUUAUCUAUUGGAUAUGAACUUGUAUCCGGUGGAACGGAUAACCAUCUUGUUUUAGUCAAUUUACGGAACAAGGGCAUUGAUGGUUCAAGGGUUGAAAAAGUCUUGGAAUCAGUGCACAUUGCGGCCAAUAAAAAUACAGUUCCAGGAGAUGUGUCGGCCAUGGUUCCAGGGGGCAUUCGGAUGGGAACCCCGGCUCUUACAUCGAGAGGAUUUGCCGAAGAAGAUUUCGCCAAAGUGGCUGAGUUCUUUGAUGCAGCUGUCAACCUAGCGCUCAAAAUCAAGGCCGAGACAAAAGGUACGAAGUUGAAAGAUUUUGUGGAAACCAUGGAAGGUGAGACUUUCCAAUCUGAAAUUGCAAAAUUACGGCAUGAGGUUGAAGAGUACGCCAAACAAUUUCCCACGGUUGGUUUUGAGAAAGAAACAAUGAAGUACAAGGAUUGA